GAAUCCCCCAUCAAACCCUCCUGGUAGUUAUUUGAGCGGCGGCGGCGGCGGCUGGAGGAGGAGGAGAGCGGCGGCGGCGGGAGCAGCAAGGGGGCGUCAGGAAUUCUUCGGGCUGCCGGCUGGAAAGGCCUGGGCGACCCGGUGUGUGGUGCGCCCGGAGCCCCGCGUUUCAGCCCUAGGGAAGGAAGCCAGCUGAGGGAAGUUCUCCAUGAAUGUACGUCACAAUGAUGAUGACCGACCAAAUCCCUCUGGAACUGCCACCAUUACUGAACGGAGAGGUAGCCAUGAUGCCCCACUUGGUGAAUGGAGAUGCAGCUCAGCAGGUUAUUCUCGUUCAAGUUAAUCCAGGUGAGACUUUCACAAUCAGAGCGGAGGAUGGAACACUUCAGUGCAUUCAAGGACCUGCUGAAGUUCCCAUGAUGUCACCGAAUGGAUCCAUUCCUCCCAUUCAUGUGCCUCCAGGUUAUAUCUCACAGGUGAUUGAAGACAGUACUGGAGUCCGCCGGGUGGUGGUCACACCCCAGUCUCCUGAGUGUUAUCCCCCAAGCUACCCCUCAGCCAUGUCUCCAACCCAUCAUCUCCCUCCCUAUCUGACUCACCAUCCACAUUUUAUUCAUAACUCACACACGGCUUACUACCCACCUGUUACCGGACCUGGAGAUAUGCCACCUCAGUUUUUUCCUCAGCAUCAUCUUCCCCACACAAUAUAUGGUGAGCAAGAAAUUAUACCACUUUAUGGAAUGUCAAGCUACAUCACCCGAGAAGACCAGUACAGCAAGCCUCCGCACAAAAAACUGAAAGACCGCCAGAUCGAUCGCCAGAACCGCCUCAACAGCCCUCCGUCUUCUAUCUACAAAAGCAGCUGCACAACGGUAUACAAUGGCUACGGGAAGGGCCACAGCGGUGGAAGUGGCGGAGGCGGCAGCGGUGGUGGUCCCGGAAUUAAGAAAACAGAGCGACGAGCAAGAAGCAGCCCAAAGUCAAAUGAUUCAGACUUGCAAGAAUAUGAGUUGGAAGUAAAGAGGGUGCAAGACAUUCUUUCGGGAAUAGAGAAACCACAGGUUUCUAAUAUUCAGGCGAGAGCGGUUGUGUUGUCCUGGGCUCCCCCUGUUGGACUUUCCUGUGGACCCCACAGUGGUCUUUCCUUCCCCUACAGUUAUGAGGUUGCCUUAUCAGACAAAGGACGAGAUGGAAAAUACAAGAUAAUUUACAGUGGAGAAGAAUUAGAAUGUAACCUGAAAGAUCUUAGACCAGCAACAGAUUAUCAUGUGAGGGUGUAUGCCAUGUACAAUUCCGUAAAGGGAUCCUGCUCCGAGCCUGUUAGCUUCACCACCCACAGCUGUGCACCCGAGUGUCCUUUCCCGCCUAAGCUGGCACACAGGAGCAAAAGUUCACUAACCCUGCAGUGGAAGGCACCGAUUGACAAUGGUUCAAAAAUCACCAACUACCUUUUAGAGUGGGAUGAGGGAAAAAGAAACAGUGGUUUCAGACAGUGCUUCUUCGGGAGCCAGAAGCACUGCAAAUUGACAAAGCUUUGUCCGGCAAUGGGGUACACAUUCAGGCUGGCCGCUCGAAACGACAUUGGCACCAGUGGUUACAGCCAAGAGGUGGUGUGCUACACAUUAGGAAAUAUCCCUCAGAUGCCUUCUGCACCAAGGCUGGUUCGAGCUGGCAUCACGUGGGUCACGUUGCAGUGGAGUAAGCCAGAAGGCUGUUCACCCGAGGAAGUGAUCACCUACACCUUGGAAAUUCAGGAGGAUGAAAAUGAUAACCUUUUCCACCCAAAAUACACUGGAGAGGAUUUAACAUGUACUGUGAAAAAUCUCAAAAGAAGCACACAGUAUAAAUUCAGGCUGACUGCUUCUAAUACGGAAGGAAAAAGCUGUCCAAGCGAAGUUCUUGUUUGUACGACGAGUCCUGACAGGCCUGGACCUCCUACCAGACCACUUGUCAAAGGCCCAGUUACAUCUCAUGGCUUUAGUGUCAAAUGGGAUCCUCCUAAGGACAAUGGUGGUUCAGAAAUCCUCAAGUACUUGCUAGAGAUUACUGAUGGAAAUUCUGAAGCGAAUCAGUGGGAAGUGGCCUACAGCGGGUCGGCUACCGAAUACACCUUCACCCACUUGAAACCAGGCACUUUGUACAAACUCCGAGCAUGCUGCAUCAGUACCGGUGGACACAGCCAGUGUUCUGAAAGUCUCCCUGUUCGCACACUAAGCAUUGCACCAGGUCAGUGUCGACCACCGAGGGUUUUGGGUAGACCAAAGCACAAAGAAGUCCACUUAGAGUGGGAUGUUCCUGCAUCUGAAAGUGGCUGUGAGGUCUCAGAGUACAGCGUGGAGAUGACGGAGCCCGAAGACGUAGCCUCGGAGGUGUACCACGGCCCAGAGUUGGAGUGCACUGUCGGCAACCUGCUUCCUGGAACCGUGUAUCGCUUCCGGGUGCGGGCUCUGAAUGAUGGAGGGUACGGUCCCUAUUCUGAUGUCUCAGAAAUUACCACUGCUGCGGGGCCCCCUGGACAGUGCAAAGCACCUUGUAUUUCUUGUAUGCCUGAUGGAUGUGUCUUAGUGAGCUGGGAGAGUCCUGAGAGUUCUGGUGCUGACAUCUCAGAGUACAGGUUGGAAUGGGGAGAAGAUGAAGAAUCCUUAGAACUCAUUUAUCAUGGGACAGACACCCGUUUUGAAAUAAGAGACCUGUUGCCUGCUGCACAAUAUUGCUGUAGACUACAGGCCUUCAAUCAAGCAGGGGCAGGGCCAUACAGUGAACUUGUCCUUUGCCAGACACCAGCGUCUGCCCCUGACCCCAUCUCCACUCUCUGUGUCCUGGAGGAGGAGCCCCUCGAUGCCUACCCUGAUUCACCUUCUGCGUGCCUUGUAGUGAACUGGGAAGAGCCGUGCAAUAACGGAUCUGAAAUCCUUGGUUACAACAUUGAUCUAGGAGACACUAGCAUUACCGUGGGCAACACUACCAUGCAUGUUAUGAAAGAUCUCCUUCCAGAAACCACCUACCGGAUCAGAAUUCAGGCUAUAAAUGAAAUUGGAGCUGGACCAUUUAGUCAGUUCAUUAAAGCAAAAACUCGGCCAUUACCACCCUUGCCUCCUAGGCUAGAAUGUGCUGCUGCUGGUCCUCAGAGCCUGAAGCUAAAAUGGGGAGACAGUAACUCCAAGACACAUGCUGCUGAUGACAUGGUGUACACACUACAGCUGGAGGACAGAAACAAGAGGUUUAUUUCAAUCUACAGAGGACCCAGCCACACCUACAAGGUCCAGAGACUGACGGAAUUCACAUGCUACUCCUUCAGAAUCCAGGCAGCAAGCGAGGCUGGGGAAGGGCCCUUCUCAGAAACCUAUACCUUCAGCACAACCAAAAGUGUCCCCCCCACCAUCAAAGCACCUCGAGUAACACAGUUAGAAGGAAAUUCAUGUGAAAUUUUAUGGGAGACGGUACCACCAAUGAAAGGUGAUCCUGUAAACUACAUUCUGCAGGUAUUGGUUGGAAGAGAAUCUGAGUACAAACAGGUAUACAAGGGAGAAGAAGCCACAUUCCAAAUCUCAGGCCUCCAGACCAAUACAGACUACAGGUUCCGCGUAUGUGCAUGUCGUCGCUGUUUAGACACCUCUCAGGAGCUAAGCGGAGCCUUCAGCCCCUCUGCGGCUUUUGUAUUACAACGAAGUGAGGUCAUGCUUACAGGGGACAUGGGGAGCUUAGAUGAUCCCAAAAUGAAGAGCAUGAUGCCUACUGAUGAACAGUUUGCAGCCAUCAUUGUGCUUGGCUUUGCAACUUUGUCCAUUUUAUUUGCCUUUAUAUUACAGUACUUCUUAAUGAAGUAAACCCAACAAAACUAGAGGUAUGAAUUAAUGCUACACAUUUUAAUACACACAUUUAUUCAGAUACUCCCCUUUUUAAAGCCCUUUUGUUCUUUGAUUUAUAUACUCUGUUUUACAGAUUUAGCUAGAAAAACAUUGUCAGUGUUUUGGUGCACCUUUUUGAAAUGCAAAACUAGGAAGAGGUUAAACUGGAUUUUUUUAAAAAAAAAAAAAAAAAAAAAAA